AUGGUUUCCAACCCAAGCCUCCCUGUUCCUUUCUCGACCGUACUCAGCCGACCCAAGUGGAGCAUGGGACAGCGGAACCCGCGGCUUCAGUUCAAAGUCAUCAUUACCGCAGUCGUACUCAGCGUUGUUCUACUCGUCGGGCUUUCAACAUCUUCGUCUAACCCUUACAUUGCUUCUGCGUCCAGACACUUUAGGAACAGGGUGGGGGGUAAGCUCAAGGUCGAGGACGAUAUCCCGAACCAGGUACACUAUAUCUGGUCUAUGAAAGACACCAGCGGCGAUAUUCUCUUCACGUUCGAACAAUACCUUUCCGUGUACUCGGCAUGGUACUAUUGGAAACCGCACACCAUCUACCUCCACACGAACGCCGGCGAAUCCGCGAUUGUCCGCGCGCGAGAAGGCGUCGUGAGCAAAUGGGCCAUGCGCGUUCUAUCGAUCCCCGGGGUGAGGGUCAACCAUGUGGAGAUGCCCAGCACCACCAAGCACGGCGUCGAAUUCACCUUUAUCGAGCACAUCUCGGACUUUGCCAGGGUCAAGGCGGUUCACGACUUCGGCGGCGUGUACAUCGACUUCGACAUACAGCCCCUGCGGGACAUUGCCGUGCUGCGCAAGAGCGGGUUCAACGCCAUCGGCGGCCGGCAGCUGGACAACAACCUGAACAGCGGCUCGUUCAUGUCCAAAAAGGGCAGUAAGAUGGCCAAGUUGUGGAUGCACUCGAUGCACGAGGUCUACGACGGCGGUUGGACCACGCACAGCAACGGCGCCCUCACAACCGUGGCGCACAGCCUCGUUCCGGAACCCGGCGAGAUGCUCAUCAUGGACCGGGAGGCGUUUUCCCCCAUAGGCUGGACCUUUGACGACGCUCGCGGGCUCUUCGGUCUUCACAACGAGACAGCGUCCCCUUUGGAGAAGCACGUGCCAGGACAGCCUCUGCCAUCUUACAAGGGCGAUCGCCCAAGCUGGGCCCGGGACUUUUCUGCAUCGUACCUGAUUCAUAGCUUUACUCCAGACUGGAGCCUCAACCCCGUGGAAAACGUCACCGAAAUCACACCGGCAUAUGUUUUGAGAAGACAGAGCAAUUUUGCGUACGCUACCUACCCGGUUGUAAGAGACAUGUAUCAUAGAGGGCUGGUGACGAUCGAAGACAAGGAGCGGUGA